UUCAGCACCAGCUUCAAGUCCAGGCUGAAAAAGUCUAAAGAAUGCAACUGUAAAUAUUGUCAGUGAUAUAUUUGCUCUGUGUUUGAUUGCGAUUCUGCGAAUAUUAAUAUUAGGCGUAAUGACGUGAUAUUUAUUACGGUCAGUUUGGCGCGAACGCUGCUGUUAAGCGCAACAUUUGCUAUGCUAUCUACAGAAACAAAUGCUGCUGCCAGGAAAAACACUUGAGCAAUACUUCUGUUAAUUUUACUUUAUUUGAACCAUCAAUCACAUCUUUCGUGUACUGGCGUACAUUCUAUAAACAAUAUUAAUUUAUCGACAUAUUUUAACGACACGCGAAAUGAAUGGGUUUCGAGACACGCUACAUAACACGACACGUGCAUAAACGUGCAAAAGAGAAACGUUAACGUUAGAACACGGCGGGUAAAAUGUCGUCGGAGGCGGACAAGUUGACGUGGACGCUGACAGGAGCUACAGUCGCUUGUGUUUUAGCGGUGUAUGUAGCUUGCGCUGCUCGAACUGUGCCCGGUGGAGACUCAGGAGAGCUGAUCACUGCUGCUUGUGAGCUGGGGGUGGCCCAUCCUCCAGGAUACCCCCUCUUCACCAUGCUCUCAUCUCUGAUGCUUACACUGUUGCCGCUCAGCUCACCGGCUCACAGUAUCAGUGUCCUGUGUGCUGUCUUUGGGGCCGGGGCCAGUGGGGCACUCUGCUUCACUGUCUGCAGGGUGGCGGGCCCUGGUCCAGGGGCCAUCCUGGCAGGAGGAGUGUUUGCUGUGUCCAGACUGGUAUGGCAGUGGUCGGUCGUAGCUGAGGUCUUCUCCCUUAACAACCUGUUUGUGGGUGUCCUCUUUUCCCUCUCAGCCAGUUUCCAUUAUGCAGAAAGUGUAAAUCAGAAGAAGAAGUUUGCUCUCUGGGGGGCGCUGUGCUGUGGUCUGAGCCUGUGUAAUCAACAUACACUGGUCUUGUAUGUUGUCGUCAUAAUUCCCUGGGCACUUCUACAGCUCUACACUCAUGAUGGAUUGUCUUUCUUUGGUCUGGUGUCUCUGGGGACGUGUUUCGUGGCUGGCAUUGUGCCCUACAUCUACCUGCCCAUUUCUUCCUAUUUGAACAGAGCUCGCUGGAGCUGGGGAGACCAGACGUCUGUCAGCGGCCUCCUCAUACAUCUACUCAGAGCUGAAUAUGGCACUUUCAGCUUGGCAAAAACUAAAGAAAACCUGAACCUCAAGAAGAUGUUAGAGGCCCAGUGGACUCACUGUAUGAAUGAUUUGUCUAUUCCAGUACUAGUGUUGGCAGGCCUAGGCAUUCUCCUCUCUCUGUGGAACAGACGGCACUGUGUUUUUGUCUGGUUGAUGGUCACUAUGGUGAGCGCCUACUCCGUGUUCUUUGCUUGGAGAGCAAACCUGGAUAUUGAGAAGCCACUGCUACUAGGAGUUGUGGAGCGAUUCUGGCUGCAGGCUGAUGCUGGGGUGUGUGUUCUGGCUGGUCUGGGUCUGAGCUGGGCCUUACGAUGGCUGGACAGGCAUCUGGGAUGGGGGACAGUGUGGAGAACAGGGGAGUGGAUUCUCACUGCAGGCCUCAUCUCACACAUGAUCAGCUUAAAUCAUAGGGACUGUGAUCAGAGCGGUAAUAACGUUGUGGACAGGUUCGCUCAUGAGGUUGUGUUCUCAUUACCAGAGGACUCGUUGGUGCUGACGCGAGGUGAUCUCCCUGGCAACACGCUGCGCUACCUGCACUACUGCCAGGGUCUCCGACCAGACCUCAGCCUUGUCGACCAAGAGAUGAUGACCUAUAGUUGGUAUGUGGCUAAACUCCAGAAGCAUUUUCCCAGAGUGAAGUUUCCUGGGCGCUGGUGGGAUCCUGUCAACCCUGCGGAAAAGAAAACAUUCAGUAUUGAGCAGUUUCUCAAGCACAAUAUGCACAGGCCUGUAUUUGUGUGUAUCGGCCUAACAGAGGGUGACACCAGCUGGGAGAAAAGUUUCUCUCGCUGGCCCUGGGGCAUCUGUGAGCAGCUGGUACCCAUCGAGACCCCAUUUGACCCAGAGAAAUGGGCGCAGCAUACACUUCACCUUUACAACUGGAGCCAGCCACAUGACAGCUUCCACCCUGGUUCCUGGGAGAGAGUUGCCAAUGAUGAGAUGUGGCAGGCUAGGAUGAAGACAGCUUUCUUCCUGUUUGAACUGGCUGAGAAGAUGGAGAGAGAAGAGCAGGCUCGUCUCUAUGAGAUCUCCUACAAUCUUUAUUGUCAAAUAGUGGACACCCAAGUAGACUACCCAGCCAACUGGGAUAAGAACCUGGCUCUAGCUGCAGAACGUUUGCUGCGCUUAGGGGGCAGAAGUCACAUUCCAGAUACCCUCCUGAGUCGCAGCAUCAGCCACUUUAGCCACUACCUUCAGAGAGAACCCACCGAUCCCCAGAGCAAAGCCAUUCGCUCGGUCAUCACACACCUCAAGAAAGAGAGGGACAAACUCAGAGACAGACAAAAGGGCUGAGACUGGAUGUGGCAGAGAACUUGUAUAAAACAAGAUCGAAAGCCUUUGAAAUCCUAAACAAAACACCUACUCUACACACAAUAGGUGCCCUCUUGGACAGGGGUAAACUACACAAAAGAGAAACAGAGAAGGUAACACAUUUAAAGAGACUUCAAGCGAAUCUCAAAAGAGUGCAGGUAUGACCAAGUUUUUAUAGACAAAGAUUUGCACAGUAAAAUGAACUUAAUAUGCUAAAAUGAACACAAAUACAGUGGCCCCCAAAAGUACAAAAUAAUGAAUAUCAGAUAACAAAAAUAUAAGCAAGUGGCCUUUUUGGGGCCUCUGUAUUUUAGAACAUAUUUGUUUUGCACUGAGGUUUUUUAUAUUGCAUAGGCUACUGAUCCACAACAUAAUUAUUGUAGUAGCAGAAUGAGACAUCCAUUAGUUUGAUAGAAUUGAUUUAAAUAAAAAGGUCUGAUGAUGUACAAUGUCAGUUAUACUGAAAUAAUGGGUUAAAUAAAUCGUGUGGCCAAAAGUAUGUGGGCACUCCCUUAUGGUUAACUGAUGAAUUGGAAUGCCAACAGCUAACCAGGCCCCAUCCAUUUGUACCUGACCUCACUGAUAUCUGUUACUUGUUGAACAUUUUAUUUCAAAAGCAUGGGGAUUUAUCCUUUCCUUUGCUGCUUAAACAGCUUUUACUCUUCUGGAAUAGAAGAUGUUGGGAAAGUGGCUACAUAAAUGUACUCUCAUUAAGACAUAAGAGCAUCAGUGAAGUCUGACAAUGAUGUUGGAUGAUGAUGGGGUCUGGCUCACAGUAGGCAUUCCAAUUCAUCCCAAAGGUGUUCAGUGGUGUUCAGGUCUGUACAGGCCAGUCAUGUUCUUCCACACCAGACUCAUUCCUUUAUGGACCAUGCUUUAUGUACAUGUUUAGUCCAACAUGGCAACAUUGCCAUGUUGGAUGAGAAUAGAGCCCUCACUAAAAUGAUGUAAUAAAAUUGACUGGACACAAUUAUCACAGAAAAUACUAGAAUAGCAAACCCAUUAAUUAGAGGUGUAGAAGUGCCAGAUACUUUUGGCCAUAAAGUGUAUUUGCUAAACAUGCUGAACAACAACACCCAAGGCUAAAUAUUAUCAUAUGGUAGUGUUAAAGUUUUUUUUUUAAUGUCCUACAUGUUAUUAGAGAAUUUCCACACUGAAGGUAAGGAACACGCUCUUGUAAACUGAAUCUCAAG